AUGGCCGACUGGCCGCAGCAUGUGGCAGUGGAGGGCGCUGGCCACAACGAGGUCAACGGUGUCUAUGCCAUUGAGACAUCCUUUGAAGGCUGCCCGGUGUAUGGCAAUCUCAGCGACUUCAGCCUCUCCAUUUGCCAGUGUCCAGAUGCCUCUGGCCAGCUCCAAUGGGGCUGGAUCAUCGGGCGAGAAGGGCAGCCAGCAUAUGGCGUCCCAGCAGCCAAGACUUCCAGCUUGCCUCGGCGGGGCUGGCAGUGCUUUCAGGGCCCACCCCCCGGCCCAACUCUGCGCCGCCUGGACGCGGCAAACGCGGCGGCCGCCUAUGCGGCGGAGGCCAAGCAGCGGGGCAGAAGCGCCGAAGCGGUGAAGGCCUACCACCGGGCUUUGGAGGCGAUCCCGGCGCCGGACUGGCGGCAAGUGGCGUCUUUGCGCUGCGAGCUGGGGGAGCUGCUGCUGGCCCUGAACCACACCGACCAGGCCGCCAAGGAGGCGCAGCGGGCGCUGGCGCUGCGGCCCGCCUUCUGCGAGGCGCUGCUUCUGAUGGCCCGAGCCACCGAGGACCCGCUGCCGGCGAAGCAGUGCUGGCUGCAGGUUCAGCCUACGGUCACAAAGAGCUGCACUGCGAAGCUGCGCAACGCAUGCAAGGAGUUGAUGUCGGAGCUGAACCAUCCCUGCGACACUCUGCCGAGAUCCGGCUCCGUCAGCCUGGGCGCCGAGACCCAAGAGCCUCGGACAGAGAGUGCAGGAAAGAGAGAGCUGGUGCAAUCCAUCCUGGUGGAGGGGUGCAGCAUGCAGGGUGUGAAUGGGACUUACGAGCCCACCAGGGCGGUGUCCAAUCACUUCCCGGUCUUUGCCAAUGCCCAUGGUUUCAGGCUGUCAAUGGAAAUGCAGCCAAGCAGGAGCUCUGGGGAGGUGAGGUCCGGCUGGGUCAUUGGCCAGUCUCGCGCCGGCUUCUUCGGCACUCCGAGCGGCUCCUGGCCCAGCGGCGAAUGGCAGGCCUUCCCAGCCGCCGCCGCCGCGAGACCGCCGGCACGCUGCGCGCUGAGCGCGGUGCCGCUGGAUGAAGCGCUGGCGCGCGGCCACGAGGCGCGCCUGGGCCGCGGCGGCAGCCCAGAGGAAGCGCUGGAAGUCUUGUCAGGAUGCCUGGAAAGAUCACAGGGAGGGCAACUUGAGGAGGUGGCCUUUGCUCUAACAGAACUGGCAGCUGCGCAGCGCUUGCUGAAGCAGCACUCAGCCGCAGCUGCGGCAGUGCAGCGAGCGCUGGAGCUUUGUCCCAGCCAUUGGGAGGCAUACUUGGAAGCUGCCUGCAUCCACUGUGAGCUGGGUAACGAGAGCGAGGCUCGCCUUCGCCUGCGGCAGCUCUUGGUGUCGCGGGAGGACUCGCGGGCAGCGAUGGCGCUUCUGCAGCUGCCGCCACAUGACUGGCUGCAGUAUCAUGCAGAAAUACCUCUGGUCGCCGAGUACAUCAAAACUGUGCAGCCCGGAGCCGACCAGGUCGCUCAGAAGCUCGACCAGAUCACAUGCACGGAAUUCAAGCUUGAGGAUCAGCGAAGAGAAGUUCAUGCACAUUGGGUGGUUCCCGGCAUCAAGGCCAAAGACGUGCGGGUGCAGUUCAAGGAAGAGGAGCUUGUGAUCGAAGUGGGCGACCUUCUUCUUUUCGAAGGCCGGCUGGCUCACAGGAUCAUCCCCUCGCAGUCCGGGUGGACCUUGGCCGCGCCUGACUUGACCAUCACCUUGAGCAAGUGCAUGGUGAAUGGGAAGUGGCCCAGAUGGGAGGUCUUGCACAAGGAGGAUGCUGCUGAUCGACUGGAGCGGCUCGGCGGGCUGUUCGACGAGAAGUCCAUCCAGUGGCUUUGA